CGGGCGCUGACUUUGAAGUGACGAAAUCAACGCCACCAGAGUCCGUAGCCGACCGCCUACUUUGCCUUUAAACGAUCCCUCCCCCAACGAACUGAUCUCGCGAACUCAACUCCUCAUUAUUGUGUGCCCUCCGAGACAUUUCAAAAGGGGAAAGUGCGAUUCCUUCCUUCUGCCUGCGACCUCCCAACCGAAGAAGUCCCACGGAGCCGGAGCUCUCUUGGACUACUCUCUUUCAGUUGUUUUUCUUUAAUCAAGAUUUGAUUUUUCUUCAGCUGGAAUGGCGUGGAUGUUGAAUGGCGAGGCCAAGAAUUGAUUUUUUUUAUCACCAGGCAGCAGGGCAAAGAGGGCAGGGUUUUGAGCUGACAUUGAUGGCCAUGCCGUGGAGCUUGGCCAUCUACGUGAUGGGCAUGGUGUGGGUGGUUCUCAACGGCUGGGUGUCCACUUGUUUGAUGAUUGCUGACGAGAUCGCACGCGGCCUCAGGUCCGGCGAGAUCGGCACGCUGCCUGUCGGUUGAUCGGCGUCGAGGUUCCAAGAGCUUCAAAUUUGUCUGAGUCUCAAAAGAUUGUUUUGUUUGUUCUACAUAUGUACACUCAAACGCAUGCCUGCAAAAUCUCAGUUUGGGGGUUUUAUACCUUGUUUGUUAUAUUUCCCAACACAGUUUUCUAAAAUCUUUUGUUUCCGUAGCACUGCGCUGCCCUUGUAGCCUUGUAAAUCUAAAAUUUUAAUCCACAAACUAAUCGGCAAUUUAUCUUGGAUGGUGAAGACAACAUUUAGCAGUGAUGGAGCUCCAAUUUGGUUCAUCAUCAUUUUUUGUUUAACAGUGACGAGCAAGAACUAAUGGAUUUAAAUCGACAAGUGAAGAGAACAGUGCAGCU